UGGAUCUGCUGGUUGGACACAACGAGACGUGUGGAGACGCCACCUUUGGCUCUGGAGAGUCACAGUGGGACUUUAUCCCCAGUGUUUGACAUUCUGGGGACAAACAGGUCAAUCAGGUCAUCAGGACAAUGAUCAGCUGAUUGAUCGGUUGUCACUCAUCUGUACUUCUCAUUCGGAGAUCGGCUCCUGUUCCGGAAUGAGACGGAGAAAGCCGAAGUCUUCCCCCGCCAGCAGACGGACUGACAGAGCUUCAGAUGGAGGAAACCUGCGCCCAGCGGACUCUGUCAGCUCCUCUUAGUAGUUUAUUGUCCGAGGCACAGGAGAGGCUGUCCUUAAAGUUUUUAGCAGAAGAAGCGCGCUGUCUUUUCUGGUUUCCUUUAUGACAGUUUGUUUUUCAGUCGUGAAAGUAUAAAACUUACCAACGCAUCAUGGGGUGAGUCUGACAGCUGAGAAGGAUCCUGGUCCUGAGGAGAAAGUGUCGCGACAAAACUCACUGGACAGACUCCUUCUUAUGGAAAUCAGUGACCAGCACAGAGAACUGAGGCGAGUAGAAAUAAAGUUUUCAUGUACAACUCGAGUCUGUUUCUUCAGGCUGCUGAUGCUCUAGUAGAGCUCCAGUUUUUUUAGGCAUAUUUAUCGAUGUGUGGUUUGUGAGGACACGAGAUCUUUCUCAUUCAGAUUCAGUUACAUAGGAGCUGCCUUAUAUACAGUAACCACAAUCUUCUAGUGAGCCACUGAGUUAUAUCUGUACACGAACUCAUUCAAACUUUGUGUCAUAUGAUACAUUUACUUCAUAUCCCAGUACUCGUGCACCAGUUUGGAUUAUUCAACUGUCGAAAUCCUGUUUCAACAGAAAACUACAGUCACUAGCCGUUUUAGGGACUUACUUAAAAUUUAGCUUUAAAACAUAAACAAAAGAUUUAUGUCUUCAGUAGCUGCAAAUGGAAAUAGGGUCAAAAAUAACUGGGAGCUGGAUUAUCACCCAGUUCCUUUGCAGCUUUUAUUGUAUUUUGUUGACUAACAAAAAUAUAAAUUAACACCAGCGAUUCGACUUUGUUUGGAACAUUUUGACAUUGAACGUGCAGCUUUAUGAAAAAGACUUUUUGAAUCGCAGCCUGGAUGUGAUUCAGACCUCGUCGUCUGUUCUCAAGAUGAGUCAGCAUUCUCCAAAACUGCAUGAAGAAUUUAUGGCGAGGAGAUGCCUCAGUCUUAUUUUAUGCUCCAAAAGUCUCCAGUGCUUCUGCUUUGUAAUGCAGGCACUCUCAUUUCACUUGAUCCGCUAGAUGCACCUCUAAGACGAGACGGUCAGACGCUAAGUUGAUGUACCAGAUGUUUAACGUUAAAUACUGUGUGCACGGGCCGAGAGCCAAAAGGCUUUUACUUCAUAUACAGAAAGUCCAUGUUUGACUUGUCUAUGCAUGGACGUGUAACAGAUUUUAACAAGAUUUAACAGAGUUCUGCUCAAAAACACUUUGAAUAAUGUUUAAAAUCAUAAAUAAAUUAUGAUUUACUCUCAGUUAACAUUAACUAAGGCUGCAAGCGACUUGUCUCUGUGAGAAAGAUUUAAAAAAAACACAGAGAUGCAGCCAAAAGAGAAACUAACUCCCACAUGUGCUUAUCUACUGUACUCCCAGUACAAACUCCCACAUAGUGUACACGCUUUCACAAUAAAACCGCACCAUAUAAUCAGUCAGCACAUGAAUAAAAGCUUGUGUCAAACUUUUCAACUGAGGGAAAAGUUUUAUACAUUGAAAAGUAAAUUGUGAGAGUUUUUAGUGGCUCUGCUGCACAAAGGCCACAAUGGUUCCCACUGUGCCUGUAACGUGUUUUACGGUAUCGUGUUAACAGCAGGGAAACAUCGUUCAGUGCCAUCGGAAAAUGUGGGUUUAAUGCUGCUUAGCAACAGGUGAAGUUUCAGGCAGCGAAGGUGAUAUUUGUAUAUUUACUCUGUUCCUUAGUGCACUGUGAAGUAUCUGGACUUUACUUGAGCUUAUCCUUUUCCUGCUAAUUCAUACUUGGACUUCACUACAUUUCAGAGGCAAAUCGUGUCAUUUUUCCUGCACUACAUGUAUUUGAUGACUUUAGUUUCUUUCCAUAAUCAGAUGAAUAAAACAGUGUAAUCAUUAGACUUUAUCGAUGCCCGGUGGGAAACACACAAGCUACCCAGCUACCCAGUAGGAUGUGGAGUUCUUCAGUCAGACCGAUGCUUCCUGGUUUAAAUGUCCACACAUGACCUCCAUGAGCUCCACAUGUAACAUGACUGUAGGCAUCCACCCGUUUGAAGGCAGCACUAAGUGCCUCACUAGCUGUAGUGUAAUGUAAUAAUGUUAUACACUCUGUAAUUGCAUGAUGUGGGAAAUUGCGCGAGGAAUCCCAGCCAGGUGUUAACCUAAUGUGGACUUAAUGGUGUUUUAACCAGAGCAGUCUGUGAAUCUUUCACUCUCUUCCUGCUGCUAUUUAAUCAGGUUUUUCUCUCAGCUCUAUGGUUUCUCUGGUCACAUGAACAGUUUAAAGCUGUCUUCAUCUGUAGGCAGCGCACGUGUGAAUUUGGAGGUGGGUGGUGGGUGUGCAUGUGGAAAUAGAAAAGGCAUUAGUGGAUAGUUACCAAGUCAGAUUACUCAGGUAUGUGUUUGAGACAUUUUACUUGGAGUAUUUUUACUCAGCCACACAUCAGAUACAGUACUGUUUACAUGGCUGUGUUUAAUUAGUAGCAUAACGUACUCUGAAGAUCAUCUUUGAUGAAUUACCCAACACUAUAUAAUCUACACAACCUACUAAAACAACACAGUACUGUACCAGUACAGUACCUCCUGUGAGUGACAGGUUCUCUCUUCACUUUAUCUUAUAGUGGCUCCUCCUAUAUUCCUGAAUACAGCUGCAUCAGCUGCUACUCGCUGCCAUGAACCUACUCAUUCUCUACAGUCAGUACAAACUGUCCCUCACUCCUUAAAACCUGCCACCGUGUGCUGCUGUCUGUGCUACCUUUGUGUCCACUGGCUUCUUUAUGACUCUGCCAGAUAACCAUGGUGAAGGAGAGUCUGCCCGGCUGGGUCCACCAGGACUCUGACGAGGGUCUCGUCCACGUCAAUGUGGGAGGUCUGAAGAGGAGCCUCUGUUCCAGCACGCUGAAAAAGUUCCCGGACACCAGGCUGGGAAAACUGCUGGCGUGUGAUUCAGAGGAGGACAUACUACAGGUGUGUGAUGACUAUGAUGUGCAACAGAAGGAGUUUUAUUUUGACAGGAACCCCGGCCUGUUCCCUUAUGUGCUCCACUUUUACCAGACCGGCAAACUUCACGUCAUGGAGGAGCUGUGUGUCUUCUCCUUCAGCCAGGAGAUCGAGUACUGGGGCAUCAACGAGUUCUUCCUGGACAGUUGCUGCAGUUACCGUUACCAUGACCGCAAACUGGAGAGCAGCCGGCAUCGCAGCUGGGAUGACGAGAGCGAAGUCAGUAGCAUAGACACGUCUGCGGACGAGAUAUCUGACUUAAACAGAGACAUGCAGCAUUUCCAGGAGGUGCGUUAUGGGAACAUCAGGAGGUGUCUGUGGCUGACGCUGGAGAACCCGGGAUACUCCAUACCCAGCAAGCUCUUCAGCAUGCUCUCCAUCGGAGUGGUGCUCACAUCCAUCGCCACCAUGUGUAUCCACAGCAUCCCAGAAUACCAGACCUGUGACUCAGAGGGGAAGCUGGUCGAGGACCCGACCAUGCAUUCCCUGGAGGUGUUCUGCUCCUGCUGGUUCACCUUCGAGGUGAUGACGCGGCUGCUGCUUGCACCGAACAGAAAGAAGUUCUUUCAUCACCCUCUGAACAUUAUUGACAUGGUGUCGGUGGUUCCCAUCUACAUCACCCUGAUCUUCGACAUGGCGGUGGGAUCAGAGUCUGAACUGGGAGACCUGGGACGACUCAUACAGGUUUUCAGGCUGAUGAGGAUUUUCAGAGUCCUGAAGUUGGCGCGCCACUCCACAGGACUACGAUCCCUGGGAGCGACGCUCCGGCACAGUUACCGGGAGGUCGGCAUCCUGCUGCUGUACCUGGCCGUCGGAGUGUGCGUCUUCUCUGGCAUCGCCUACACCGCUGAAUAUGAAGAGGACGUGGGUUUGGACACCAUCCCGGCCUGCUGGUGGUGGGGGACAGUCAGCAUGACCACGGUGGGUUACGGGGAUGUGGUGCCUGUCACGAUACCCGGGAAGCUGGCGGCCAGCGGCUGCAUACUGGGCGGCACCCUGGUGGUGGCGCUGCCCAUCACCAUCAUCUUCAACAAGUUCUCCCACUUCUACCGGCAGCAGAAAGCUCUGGAGGCGUCGGUGAGGAACAGCAACCGCAGGAAGAUGAGGGUGAGCUGUGAGAAUGUCCUGGAGGAGAACGAGGAAGACAAGGAGGAGGAGGAUGAGAGAUCAGAUGGGGACAGCCAGUGUUUGGACGAUGAUAUCGAGGAUAGCGAUGAUAUGAAGGAUAUCGAUGAUGUCAAGAAGGACCGUAUAGAUUAUGAGGAUGAAGGAGGUGUAAUAAAUUAUAGCUAUGUGGAGCAUCCAUCCUACAUAUCAGCAAUCAGGAAGAAGGAGCUGCACCAUCUGUGAGGACGAGAUCCCCCUCAGAGAUUUUCCUUGAAACAUGACACGGAUCUGUUGUUUUAAGAUCAGAACGAACAAAAGAAAACCAAUGUGAAGUCUGAAGUUUUCACUAUUUGGAUCAUGUUUGAUCAUGAACCUGACGUUCAUCUGGUUAAAGGCAAAUGUUGUGAACAGGAUUCAUGUGUAACUCAAUGUCCAGUCACUGUCAUCACAACCCUGCACUGAUUUGACUGAACAAACACAGAGGACAGUAACUCAAGCAGGCAGCAGUCCGAUUAAAACUGAAGAGAUUGUAUUGGAGAGAAACUGUAAAAUGGCAAAAGUCUGACACAAAACAGGAGGUGGACUGUAACUGUGGCCGUGCGCCACACGACUCUGACGCAAUGUCGUUUGUUUUCGUUCAUUUUUGCAUGUUGGGCUGUUUCAGGGUGCAGGUUCAUUCACAGUGGAUGUAUUAAAAAACACAGAUGUGCAGAGUCACUGAAAAACUUUGGGCUAACUUUGGGUAAUAUUUGUGGAAGAUAGAGACCUGCAGAAGAAAUUAACUGAACUAAUCUGAACUGCAAUCAACUAAUGUGCAGUGAAAGUGAAAUGACAUGCAUGUAAAUUAAAUGAAUAAAAAUAUAAUGAA